AUGUUGUCCCGUUACACUGCCGUUCGCACUGCGGCUAGAACUUUGGCCAGAGCCGGCGCUGUCCGUGCCGUGAGACCAGUUGCUGCCACUAUGAUUGCUGGCUCGAGACGUUGUGCCUCUGCCAAGGCCCAGCCCACCGAGGUCUCUUCUAUUUUGGAGGAGCGUAUCCGUGGUGUCUCCGAGGAGACCAACCUCAACGAAACCGGCCGUGUUUUGUCCGUCGGUGACGGUAUUGCCCGUGUUUUCGGUUUGAACAACGUGCAGGCCGAAGAAUUGGUGGAAUUCUCCUCCGGUGUCAAGGGUAUGGCUUUGAACUUGGAACCUGGUCAAGUCGGUAUCGUGCUGUUCGGUUCUGACCGUUUGGUAAAGGAAGGUGAGGUUGUCAAGCGUACCGGUGAAAUUGUGGAUGUUCCAGUCGGCCCAGCCAUGUUGGGUCGUGUGGUUGAUGCUCUAGGUGCUCCAAUCGACGGUAAGGGACCAAUCCAAGCCGCUGGUCGUUCUCGUGCCCAAGUGAAGGCCCCAGGUAUCUUGCCAAGAAGAUCCGUUCACGAACCAGUGCAGACCGGUCUAAAGGCCGUCGAUGCAUUGGUGCCAAUCGGUAGAGGUCAAAGAGAACUGAUCAUCGGUGAUCGUCAAACUGGUAAGACCGCCGUUGCCAUCGACACCAUCUUGAACCAAAAGAGAUGGAACGAUGGUGCCGAUGAAUCCAAGAAACUAUACUGUGUCUACGUUGCUGUGGGUCAAAAGAGAUCUACCGUUGCUCAGUUGGUUCAAACUUUGGAACAACACGACGCUUUGAAGUACUCUGUGAUCGUUGCUGCUACUGCCUCUGAAGCUGCCCCACUGCAAUACAUUGCUCCUUUCACCGCUGCUGCCAUUGGUGAGUGGUUCAGAGACAACGCUAAGCACGCUUUGAUCGUCUACGAUGACUUGUCCAAGCAAGCCGUUGCCUACCGUCAAUUGUCUUUGUUGUUGAGACGUCCACCUGGUCGUGAAGCUUACCCUGGUGAUGUUUUCUACUUGCACUCUAGAUUGUUGGAAAGAGCUGCCAAGCUUUCCGAAAAGAACGGUGCUGGUUCUUUGACCGCUUUGCCUGUUAUCGAAACUCAAGGUGGUGAUGUCUCUGCUUACAUUCCAACCAACGUCAUUUCCAUUACCGAUGGUCAAAUUUUCUUGGAAGCUGAAUUGUUCUACAAGGGUAUCAGACCAGCCAUCAACGUCGGUUUGUCCGUCUCUCGUGUCGGUUCCGCCGCUCAAGUCAAGGCCAUGAAGCAAGUCGCCGGUUCCUUGAAGCUUUUCUUGGCCCAAUACAGAGAAGUCGCUGCCUUCGCUCAAUUCGGUUCCGAUUUGGACGCUUCCACCAAGCAAACCUUGGCCAGAGGUGAGAGAUUGACCCAGAUUUUGAAGCAAUCUCAAUACGCUCCUUUGGCUGCCGAAGAGCAAGUGCCAUUGAUUUACGCUGGUGUCAACGGUUACUUGGACAACGUUGAACUUUCUAGAAUCGCUGAGUUCGAGAGCUCUUUCUUGCCAUACUUGAAAUCCAACCACGAGGAAGUCAUCUCUGCUAUCAGAGAAAAGGGUGAAUUGACCAAAGAAUUGUUGGCCUCCUUGAAAUCUGCCACUGAAUCCUUUGUUGCCACUUUUUAA